AUGCUGCAGAAGGUGCAGAGGCUUCCAACCUGUGGUGUGGAGAAGUGUAGGGAGUUUAAAUCCGCUAGCCCCAAAGGGAAGGGGCAGGACGUUAGGGCAAAAGCAGCGGUGAAAGCGGACUCGGGUCGCCCCAUCAUGAAGACGGGCGCCCUGGUAAUCGACAUGGGCUCGGGUAGUUGCAAGGUGGGACAUGCCGGUCAGCCCAGACCGGAUUCCGUGCUGAGUUCUAUAAUCGGUUACCCGAGGGGGAAGAGUAAACGGAACAACAUCACUGUGGGCAAAACGGUCAGCACCGAGCCAGACCUCAAGCUAGUCCGGCCAACCUGGCAAGGCGUCAUUGUAGACUGGACGGCGGCAGAAGAUCUCCUCCGCCACGUGUUUUAUGAGGAUCUGAAGGUUUCCCCCGAGGAACACGCUAUCCUGGUAUCGGAUCCCCCUCUCUGUCCCACCACAAACAGGGAGAAGAUCGCAGAGCUUUUGUUCGAACGCUUCAAUGCCCCCGCCAUGCACGUCUCCUACCAGUCGGUGCUGGCGGUGUAUUCAUACGGGAGGACCACGGGGCUGGUGGUGGACUCCGGAGACGGGGUGACCCACGCCGUCCCCGUUCACGACGGCUACAACCUGCCGGAUGCAAUCAGUCGGGUGGAUGUGGCUGGCCACGACCUCACCACUUACCUGAUGAAGCUGCUGGGGGAGGCGGGCAACGCGUUUCACGAGAAGGGCAGGUACAUCGUUGAAGACAUCAAGCAUAAAUGCUGCUAUGUCGCUUCUGAAUAUCAGAACGAGAUCAAACAGUUCAGCCAACAACAUUUCGUGGACUAUGAGCUACCGGAUGGUCAUAUUAUCACCAUUGGAAAAGAAAGAUUUCGAUGUCCUGAAGCUCUGUUCAAUCCCUCGCUGAUAGACACCAACCAGGGAGGUAUUCACACAGCGACCAACAUAAGUCUGCGGCGGCUGCAGCCGCAGGUUCAGCAGCUCAUAUGUAACAACGUCCUGCUCAGCGGCGGCUCCACGCUGUUCGAAGGCUUUCACUUACGCUUCUGCAAGGAGCUGUUUGCCCUUGCACCCAAGGAUUUUAAGCCCAAAAUUCACGCUGUUCCAGAGAGGAAGUACGCUGUGUGGAUUGGUGGUUCCAUUCUGGCCUCUCUCCACGCCUUCCAGUCGGUGUGGAUUCGCCAGGAAGAAUACGGAGACCGAGGUCCAGCCAUUGUGCAUCACAGGUGCUACUGA